AUGUUAAUAGCCGUAACACAUGUUAUUAAUUUCAAGACUUCAAGCGAAAUAAAAAAUAUCUUUGGAGAAGCCGUUCCCGUUGGCUCGCGUAAGUACUAUCAGACUAGCAACUAUAACUAUUUAAUUCUUUCAUUUUACAAUUAACAUAUCAGAAUUAAAAGGUUUUGUCUUCCUUCACACUUCAACCAAACACUUUCGUUCGUAAUCUAAUUAAUUACAAGCGAGCUAUAGACUGAGGGGAAGUCCCAUUCUAUAUACUUUCUGAAUGAUAAACGGUCGAUUCCGUAUUUGAUGGUAUUCUGCAGCCAGAAAAUCAUUUCCAAACAAAUAACAUAUCAAAUGAUCAUAAUUUGGUUUUUGUAGUUUAUUAGAAAUAGUUCUUUGUUGUGCGUCAUCCAUAAAUCUGGUCGAUGAUCUAUAGCCUACAUAAUAUAAUUUCCAAGACAGAGGCCAUGAGGGCGAGAGGAAUAAUUGUUUUAGUAAAAUCCAACUAGUUGGUCAAAAAUAUCGAGAAUAAAAAAAAAAAUUAGCUACGUGAAGCUAGACUUAAAUCAUUUCUUUUUUGCCGCCAAAAAGCCGGCGCUUUUCGCUAUUAGUGGGCCAUAACAUAUAACCUAGUAGUAGCUCAACCAAUCAGAACGCAGCAUUCAUAAUAGACCACUAGCUGGAUUUUACUAAAAAGAUAUAGCUUCUUCUAUCAACUUAGUAGUAAAUCUAGUAUUUUUUAACAAGUCUUUCCUUGUUGCAAAACUAUUUUUCGUUUCAUUUUGUUACUAGCUAUUUGCACAACGUGCAGAAAGAAACACAGUGAAGAAUUAGAUCGGAAAUCAGACUGGCUAUACCCUGAAGAAACUGAGGGAGAUAUGCUCCUUCAAAGGUACUGUCGGGAGGGUAGUCGUUUGGUUGUUGUUUUAUAAAAAUACACACGGUUGUCCUGUCAGGUUAUCCUAUCGCAAGGCAACUUAGUAGCAGUCUUUCCAUUUCUAUUCUCCGCAGACCUGCUAAAGAGGCUGCUGUGGGAGCCAUCGGUCGCAUGGUCACUUCGACUCCAUUUCUUUAAGACCAUGCAAUCAACGCCAGCUCUCUGGAAUCCCACAACACCAUGCUGGACUCCAGGGUCAGAGGAGGCCUCUUUUACUUCACUCGUGGUAACCGAUGCAGUCGGCAGGUAUAACGAGGCGAUGGAUACAAUUGCGAGUCUUGUUACACAAGAACAAGUAGAACGCGAGCCCCUUAAAUAUCAGCUAAAAACUCCAUUGCAAAACUUAAGCGAUGGGGAACAGUUGAAAGUAGUA